AUGGCUACGACAUCGCCAGUGGCGUGCAAUAACCAGGGGCUCGUCCAGCGGCAGUCGGCACCAGCAGGCUGGCGAAAUCUCCAGAGACAAACUGGCAUGACAUAUGCUCUUCUGCUGCUGACAUUCGAGCUCCCCAGGGGGGAGGAGGACCGGUGGGUCCUGUGCGGUGCUGGCCAGCGAGCUCCCCAGGGGGGGGGAGGACCGGUGGGUCCUGUGCGGUGCUGGCCAGCGAGCUCCCCAGGGGGGAGGAGGACCGGUGGGUCCUGUGCGGUGCAGGCCAGCGAGCUCCCCAGGGGGGAGGAGGGCCGGUGGGUCCUAUGCGGUGCUGGCCAGCGAGCUCCUCAUUGGGGAGGAGGACCGGUGGGUCCUGUGCGGUGCUGGCCAGCGAGCUCCCCAUGGGGGAGGAGGACUGGUGGGUCCUGUGCGGUGCUGGCCAGCGAGCUCCCCAGGGGGGAGGAGGACCGGUGGGUCCUGUGCGGUGCUGGCCAGCGAGCUCCCCAGGGGGAGGAGGACCGGUGGGUCCUGUGCGGUGCUGGCCAGCGAGCUCCCCAGGGGGGAGGAGGACCGGUGGGUCCUGUGCGGUGCUGGCCAGCGAGCUCCCUAGGGGGGAGGAGGACCGGUGGGUCCUAUGCGGUGCUGGCCAGCGAGCUCCCCAGGGGGGAGGGGGACCGGUGGGUCCUGUGCGGUGCUGGCCAGCGAGCUCCCCAGGGGGGAGGAGGACCGGUGGCAGGGCUGAUUUUAUCAGGGUAA